GGGCUAUUCGUGACAUAUUUUCUAAAGAGGAGUAUGAGGUGUGGGUGAUAAUGGUGUGGUAGAUAUGGGUUGCUAAGUGUAAGUUUAAACAUGGGGAUGGAGAGGUUCUUAGGGUACCAUCGGAACAUGAGUGUAUGGCUAUUUGGGAGGGUUUUCAACGUGCAAAACCAGCCUUUGCGAUGAGCACUGUCAUGGGGUUGUCCUUGGGUGAGAAGAAGUGGAAGAGACCAAAGCGAGGAGAAUACCGAGUGGAUGUUGAUGUUCUUUUCAAUGAAGGGGCUCGAGCUUUCGGAGUUGGGGUGAUUGUCAGGAAUGAGUUGGGGACGAUUUGUGCUGCAAUGUCCAAGAGAACUCAACCCACGACGAACUCGAUGAUAACGGAAGUUAUGGCGGUGGUAGCUGGUAUAGUGUUUUGCGUGGAGUGUGAAUUCAGGCCGAUUCGUAUUUACACGAAUUCGAUGUUGGCCGCGAGAGUAAUGGCAGAUCCAGUAGAGGAGGCGGAUUUCUUACCGUUAGAUAUACGCGAGAUCCUUGAGGCUGCUCGUGAUAGUAUUCUUAUUGGUGUGUUCCACACGUAUAGAUCGGCGAAUAAGGCCGCACAUUGUUUAGCGCAGUAUGCGCGGAAAAUAGAUAGUUGUUGUCAAUGGACGCAGGAUUUUCCGCGUUGGCUUAGGGAUAUUGUACGUCUUGACGUUGAGAAAUAAAAUCGUACUAUUUCCCUUUCAAAAAAAAAAUGCAUUCUUAGAAAACAAAACAAUAAUUUGUUUAUAAAAUUAUUUCAAUAAAAAAAAAACAGCCUAGGAAGUUCCACGAAUUUAGAUUAAGAGCAGUUUAAUCAUGACUAUAAUAUUACAAUUUAGGGCCCGUUUGGUUUUCAGUAUUGGAUUAAUCAGGAUAUAAAUUAUCCUGAUAAUUUAGUGUGGAUUAAUCAUGAUUUCUAAUAUCAUAUGUGUGUUUGAUAUCAUUGGUAAUUAAUCCCAAAAAGUGUUUGAUAUCCAUUGGAAUAAGUUGGAUUAACAUAUCAAAUACCUAAAUUAUCCUCACAUAUUUUACCAAAAGACAUUCGUGUCCUCAAAUCUGAAAAUAAGAUGGAGGCAUUGGUAUCCUCACAGCAUCGUUUAGCGUGAAAAGGGUAUCAAUUUUCAAUUUUAACAUCUCGGUAUUAAAUUUAUCCCAUGGGGAGGGUGGUAUAAUUAGUGUGGGUUAAUCUCACAAAAUAAGCUAGGGUCUUGGGAUAAACCUGGAGUUGACCAUAUUAAUAGCACAUAAUACCAAACACUGCAUAAAUCCAUAUUAAUUUAACUUAUCCUGUUUUUAAACUCAUAUCAAACGGGCCCUUAGGAAUCGAAAGGAACUGAACUGAUUUGAUUCAAAUUUAAGGGCAUUAUAUGAGAAAAAUGUAAGAGAUGAAAGGAACGGCUCCUAACAUUUGGCUGCUAAAAGUUGCUGAAAAAUACAUUAAAUUCAAAACAAACCAAAAUAAAUUCCAGAUUGAAACAGGCUGGAACUGGUGUAGGCUAUUUUUCUUGAUUUGAUAAUUAUUUGGUGUAGGUUUGAAUCCUUCCCUUCCGCCUGCCCGCGAAGUUUGGGCUUUCUUCCUCAUACAUAUAUUAUGCGGCGACACGUUGCGUCAUUUUUUUUUUUUUCAUACUAAUUAUAGUUAUCUAACCACGUCAACUCCUAAACUCCACUAUUCAACGGACUUUUUUACUUAUAAUAUAAUUGUAAUUUAUUUAGAGAAUAUUCGUGUUUUCUCAUUGUAUUGUGUCUUGGGAUAAAAUUAAAUAGUAUAUUAAUUCUGUUAUUGUGGUAAUUUUUAGUAAUUAUUUCCCCUCAAGAAAAGAAAAGAAAAUAUAAAUACUAGUAGUAUUUUCGUGUUUGGUUGGCGUAUUAGUUGGGGCUAUAAAUAGCGGCGGUCCAACGAGGCCAAGAUAUCUCCAUACCAAACGCAUCUACAUUCAAACCUAAUUGAUUUCUCUCUCUCUCUCUCGAAUUAUUGCUGUUGCAUUAGAAUUCAUUCAUCAAUGGCGUUCAACAGAAUGAUGCCUCAGCGCCUCCUCAGUAUGUCGAGGAUGACGAACCCGGCGAUCACAAAUUGCCGUACUUCCUUACCGCGCACCGCCGUCAAAUCGGCCGCGCUGAGUCAUCAGACGUCGCCCACUAAUAUCGCCCCUGAUCCCGGAGAUGAUGGUAUAUUCCGGCGAUAUCUCCACCGCCAAUCGGCGGCGACGCCAUCGCCCGUCCGGUUCCUUCCGACCGGCGAGAAGCUGCUGGAGAAGCUCCGCGAGAUGGACAUUACCAGAGACAGGAUCAGGCUCGACGGCUUGCGGCGGCCGGAGGCGGCGGAGGAGUCGCGGGAGGAGAGUAUGACGGUGAUGGACGCGAGGAAGAUUCUUAGACUGUCGCAGCUUGAAAUGGUGAAGUCGAAAUUAAGGCAGAUGGAGAAGGAUUGUGUAUCGUAUCCGGAAUUUUUGGAGAUUUGUGCCAAGGAAUGCUUGAGUCCGGAAUUAGGGCACGAAUUCGCGAAAAUACUCGAUGAAUCUGGGAGUGUGAUUGUCCUCGGAAACGUCGUCUUCCUCAGGCCUGAGCAGGUGGUGAAAGCAAUCCAAGGACUAAUGCCUCUUCCCCCAAGACCAGACGAUCCAAGGAUGAAGGAGCUGGAAGAACUGGAGAAACAGAAGGCGGCCAUAGACCGGAAAGCAGAGUUCUAUGCUCGUCGCGAGCUCUGGGUCGGGUUAGGGUACCUUGUUGUUCAGACAGCGGCCUUCAUGAGGCUAACCUUCUGGGAGCUGUCGUGGGAUGUGAUGGAGCCAAUCUGCUUCUAUGUGACAUCAAUUUAUUUCAUGGGAGGCUAUGCUUUCUUCCUGAGAACGUCGAAAGAGCCGUCAUUCGAGGGGUUCUUCCAGAGCAGGUUCGAGGCCAAGCAGAAGCGCCUCUUCAAGGCGCUGCGUUUCGAUGUGGAGAGGUAUGAGGAGCUGAAGAAAGCUUGUCAUCCGCAGGCGAGGGAAACCGCUGCUGCUGUUUCGUUUGCCUCUCCAACCACUCAUAGAGCUUGAUCAUCAUCUUGUUUCAAAUGCAAGAAAAAUUAGAUCGGAUACAGAUGUUUAAAAUCUAAAAUGUGAAAAAGCAUAAGAAAUUUUGUUCUUUUGUUACUCACCUAGGCCUUUUAACAGAUUGUUAAGACGUGUUUUACUGCCGGCGUAUGUAACCAUGGAGUAGUAGAUUACGUUCAUUAUAUUUGUAGGAAAUGAACAAUUGAAAUCAACGAUUAACAGAAAUAUUCUUCUAGCA